GUCUAUUCCUUCCCCACAGUAAUAACUUAGAGCUGGGUAUGACAAAUAUGGUAAGAAUGGAAACAAGAAUGGCAUGGUGCUUUGUGAUCCUAUUCAUUUCAUUGAUAAAUGUGGAUGCAAGGCAUAAGGUUGAGUCCAUGUCAGUGAACGAAGAAACUUUAGGAAAAGCUGCGAAAAUCUCAAGCACUAUGAAAUUGCUUGAAGAAAUUGGCAUACUUUCGAGUGAAGUAUGUCACAUUCUGCCUGCUGAUUUAGAAGCUAAGUGUCUAGAGACAUCAAGGACUUAUCUUCAUCAAACUAACUUGCUGUUCCAAGGACCAUCCCAUGAAGAAAGCCACUGCAACAACACAGAGUUAUGCACUGAUGAAGACAAGUCUCUAAUUGGAAUUGAUAUUUUUAUGGAGGAAAAGAUCCUUGUGAAGAUGCUCGAUGAGAGAGGAUGUGUUGCAUGCCGUAGGUUUGCCAAGGAGCUGAUGACAAAGUUAAAACAACCUAAAGCAAAGACGAAGAUGAUGGAGGUUCUUAUUGAGUAUUGUGAGGAAGUGGAGGAAGAUGAACAAUUAUGCAAGGAAAUAGUUUAUAAAUAUGCUCCUCGAGUUCUAUCUAAACUUGAGAAGACGAAGCCCUCAGACUUGUGCCGAAGGAUGAGCAUGUGUGUUGAAGAGAUAAACAUGUGAAGCCUAUAUGACAUCAAAUUGAAAUAUCAUUUUAGCUAUCCUUUUGCCUUCAUUCAAAAUAAUCAGCAAGGAGAUAUAUAGUAGUUCUUGGAACUUUUGAAUAACAUGUGUCAUUGUUACACAUUAAUUAUCUUUGCUUACUUGUGUAAUGGCAAAUACUAUAUUGUUUGCAAAGAUAUUAUAUAUGUUUCACUCAUUUAUAAGUUUCAUCAUAUCA